AUGUCAACGCCCAAAAUCCCCAUCACAGUAAUAACCGGCUUCGUCGGCUCAGGAAAGACAACAAUGAUCCUAAACCUACUCCCCCAACUUCGCGCAGAAAACCCAUCCUACAAACUCGCCUUGAUCAAGAACGAAAUCGGCGACUUGAAUGUCGACUCUCAACUCGCAUCCGCCGCCGAAAUGACCGGAGUGUCAGAACUGCUAGGCGCAUGCAUCUGUUGCACGAACGUUGGACAGAUUGGAGAUGCGCUGAAAGAGUUGGAUGAGACGUAUACGCCAAACAGAGUCAUUAUCGAAACGUCAGGAAGUGCAGAGCCAAUCAAGUUGAUGGUGGAGUUGAAGAGGUUGGCUGCGGAGACGGGGAGAUAUGCCUUGGAUGGUGUGGUCAGUGUGAUUGAUGUUGAGAACUGGGAUGGUUAUGCUUCCACCUCUUACACAGCGAAAUUGCAGGCUCAGCAGACCGACUUGAUUGUCUUAAACAAGUGGGAAGCUCUUUCCGAGAUGGCAUUUGAGAGAACUUUGGACAAGCUUGGAGAUAUGGAUGUGGAUACACCGCAUAUCAAGAGUGACAAGGGUUGGAUUAGCAAGGAUUUGCUGUUUGGUAUCGAUGAGAGGAUGGCUAGGGAUUGGGUUGCCUUGAAUCAACAACAUGGUCACGACCACAAGCACGAGCAUGGAGAUGGACACAAACACGACCAUAACGAGGAGAUGGAAGCUCUGAGCAUCACUGUCACCUCUGCCUCUCCCUCAACCGCAUCUCUCGACACUACCAAGCUCGCCAACCUCCUCAAGUCAGCGCCCAAAGACGAAGUCUACCGCAUCAAAGCCGUCCUGCGCACGACACAAAUACCCACAAAUAGCGAUGGCACACCUGCAGAUGAAGGUUCCGAAUCUACGACACCCAAGAGAUAUAUCCUCAACUGGAGCUUUGGCCGCUGGAUGUGGACAUUAGAUCAAACCGAGACGAAAAAGGAGCCUGUCUUGAGGAUGAGCAUUUUCACUGGCCGCUACGAGAGCAACAAGUGGCUCAAGAGGAUCGAUGCCAAGACCUAUACUGCAUUGACUGAUGAAUCUGACUACGAGCUUGAGGUAAAGCGUGUGCUGUAG